CGAUCGCGUUCCGCCGGCUCCGUAGUUUCCCGUACGUCGGCCGUGCACGCCGAUAAGAAGAGAGAAAAGGAGAGAGAAAGAGAGAGAGAGACCCCCACCCCCCGUUAUCGUUUAUCAGUGACCUCGCGCGGUCACGCCUCUCUGAUAACGAGAAAGAACGUCGGUCGGUCGGUCUCUACCUCGACAGCCUCUUCGUCUUCGAAUCCUUCAUUCCCGCGAUAGUUCAUCGCGAUCUACCUUUCCAAUAGCAUUCAAAAUUCACAUUCUGUAUCGAUUGCAUAUCUAUCGGCGUCGUCACACGUCGCGCAACUUUCCCAUUUUUCGACAUUACAUAUCUUCGGCUGAACCUGAAAGACUCCACCGAAGCGACCACUAAAGGUAACCGAGGAAGAAGAUGUGAGUUUGUCGCUUCAUUUACAUUUCUCUCCAAAGGCUCCGCUCCUCGAACGACUCCGCGUCGAAUUCGUCGCUCGGAAGCGCCGAAUAUUUCUUCCGCGGAGAAAGAAAGAGAUCGCCUUGCAGAUCGGAUGAAACAUCCACGGUCCAAAGUGCGCUCGACGAGGGACACCCUGUGUAUAGUUAGAUAGAUAUAACUAGUGACGCAUCGGCAGGGCGAUACGAAAUCAGACGCAUCGGCAGGAUGAUUCGGUCGUGGGUAAUACCACAUCGACAGUCACACGGUAUGACGCGGCCCUUGACGAUGGCGAAAUGCACAGUGGUGCCGUGAUUCGGCUACAGACAGAAGGAGAGAGAUCCGACCGCCCAACCGAUCGACCCGACCGACGACCGGAUGUUACUUCCUGCUCACCACAUCUGUCCCGCGAUCAUCAUUGUAGAGACUAAGCUACUGCCCGGCGAGGUGCGCCCAUCUUGCCCGAAACUGAGGAUAGUCACCGACGAGCGGCGCUGCUGUCGAUCUCCACCGAACGCCGGGGCUCCGGCGGCCGCGCCUGUCUGCGUUGCCGCCACUCAACACAUGCAUGCUAGUCGGUGUCGCUUCGGUCGGCUUCAGGUGCGAGCGAGAAAGCGCGAUGAAUCGCACCGCCGGCUCGACAAGAACGCACGAUUCACCGACCGCGUGAUCAUGUGGGGGAACAGCGCGAGGGGAGAGUAAUCGAGCCGGUGAUGCGGCCACAUCGACGAGUUUUGGCGAGCAGCGGUUGGCAGCCGUGUGAAACGCGCGGAGCGCCACGACGGCGACGGUGGAUGAGUAGUGGAGGAAAAAGAUGAGAGCGCGAGCAGGACGACGAGAUAGUGGAGUAGGAGGUGGAUAGAAGGGGGAGAGAGAACAUUCAUUACACGUUCGGUUCUCCGGGCGUUCUCUGCCGAACUUUAGCCUAAAACGGAUCGUUUUCACUUCGACCUGAGAAACGUGGUAUCUUAAUGCCGUUUAUAUUUGUCAUAAAAAAGGGAGCAUGAGAUAAAAUAUGCCCUUACCGAUAUACGUAUUGAUUACAGAGUUUCUCGAAAGUAGCACAUGUGGACAGUGGCACAUCGGUGCUAAUUAAAAGUCAAAAUUACUGAAGUAACUCACGAGAUGAAAUCGGGAAGAAAACCACACAGGGGAAAGGGACGCAGAAAAGAGAAAAAGAGAGAAAAAACAUGAAGAGGGCGUUUAGUGGCGGGCGCGUACGCUCACCCCCACUUAUCCAUUCACUGUACCACGCAAAGAUCGAGCGUUUGCCGCAUGUUUAGUCUACUCGCGUGGAAAAA